UAUAUUCAAGUUACUUUCCUGACUACUAACUCAAACUACGAUGAGCGGAAAAGGGACACCACCACACAAGGCCAAGGGUCCUCCAAGUACGGUGAAGGAUGCAAAAAGAGCUCCUGUCAGUUCCAAGAGCAAACUCGAGAAGAAACCGAGUGAAGAAAAACGUACUAGCGUGGAUCUGGCAAAAAUAACUCCUUCUGUCAGUUCCAAAAGCAAACUCGAGAAGAAACCGAGUGAAGAAAAACGUACUGGCGUGGAUCUGGCAAAAAGAACUCCUGUCAGUUCCAAAAGCAAAAUCGAGAAGAAACCGAGUGAAGAAAAACGUACUAGCGCGGAUCUGGCAAAAAUAACUCCUUCUGUCAGUUCCAAAAGCAAAAUCGAGAAGAAACCGAGUGAAGAAAAACGUACUAGCGUGGAUCGGAAACAAAAGACUGAAAUGAUCGCUCCGGUGGCACAAGUAAUGAGCGCGGAUGAGAAAAAGACAACCCGUGUUGCCAAAUGUGCAGGAGACUGCGAUGCCCAAGAUCCUGGGGCAAUACUUCGUUUGACCCUUGAGAAACUGAAGAUCAAGACGGUAGAUAAAUCGGAGAGCGCAUGUAAAGUCAAUGACAUUAUACAUCGCAUCAUGGAUCAUAUGAAAAAAAAUACGGAAUGUUUCAGAGAAGUAAAAGACCUGCGAACUGGAAGUUACUAUGAGAAUUUGAAGAUCUCUAAUCCUGACGAAUUUGACGUGAUGCUGACGGUUCCAGUCAAUCGGGUACUUGUUCAGCUGUUUGGAGAUGAUGGAGCAUUUUAUACCGUGGCAUUGAAACGCGGGAAGCACCAACUGAAUCGAUUUGUGCAUGAAGAAGACUAUACAAUUUCAGCCUUUAAGAUGCUGAAAGAUUUCAGAAAGGAGGUUAAGGCGUGUGUGAAAUCAAUCGAGGGCGUGGAGGUAGAAAAGAAGAAAAAGGGUUGCCCGGCCGUGACUUUACAGAUAACGGGGAUGAGAACGGCUAUAUCCCUCGACGUUGUUUUAAGUCUUGAAGUGCAGACUAGCUGGCCUUCAUUCACCAAUGACGGCUUCCUUAUUGAUGGAUGGCUCGGGACCAAAGAAAAAAAAAAAUACAAAUGGGAACCUUACUAUCUUGUUCCCAAGUAUGAGGGAAAAGGCACCGUGGAACGAGAGGGCAUCGUUGCCAAAGAUGCGUGGCGCAUCUCCUUUUCACACGUGGAGAAGUCCAUCCUGAAGAACCACGGAUCCCAGAAGACCUGCUGCGAGGUGGGAGGGGCUCGCUGCUGCAGAAAAGAUUGUCUGAAACUGCUGAAGCACCUGUUGGGCCUCUUGAAAGAGAAACAGCCUUCACUGUCCAAGUUCUGCUCCUACCACGCCAAGACCACUCUCCUCCACGCCUGCUGCACCAGGACCAGGGACAGCGAGUGGGAGGCCAGCAACUUGAGUGAUUGCUUCCAGCUGUUGUUGGAGGACUUUGAGCGCCAUCUGAAGGACAGAAAACUCCCCAACUUCUUUAUCCCCACCCAGAACUUGUUAACUAGUAUCGACCGCAAGAGCUGUGAAAUGUUGGCCCGGUGUAUUUCUGAGGAACGCAAUAACGGCUUCCCAAUCUUCAAGUGAAGUUACAGAUUGCCAAUUAUGAAUAAUAUUCUAAAGAAGAGUUCUUCCUUCGAAUCUGUUUAUGUUUUAACUACAAAAGUAAUAAGUAAAAUCCUAUUGAAAACCUGGUGUGUUCUGUUUGACUAGUAUCAGUAUUCUGUGACGCAUCAGGCACCUAUUGGAAACCCUGCAAGCUAUUCAGGUUCUACUGGUAUGUUACAGAACACAACAAAUAGGCCUAUGCAUCAACAUCAUAGAGCGCUCUAUAUUCCUACAACUUGUGUAAUGAAAGUUUUAUUGUUAACACACAAGGAACCACUUUUAAAUAGGCACUACUCCCCCACAGCAUUGUCUACACUGCAUAAAUCUGAGUUCAUGCAAACAAGGCAGGACUGCCCUUGACUUACAUAGGUAAAGUCUCUUUUCCAAGAGUAAAGCCUCACAGCCAAUAAAAAUUAUUUAUGAUUAUGA